UAUUUUUGUCUACAAACAAAAAAUGACAGCUGACUGACAUUUGGUAGUGCAUAAUGUCAACCAAGAAUGGCUGUUCGAUCAUUUCUUGGAACUUGGGAGGUCAUAGGUUAUGGAUACAUUAAUGGUAGCCACAAUGAAAACACAGGUCUGGAAGGUGUACGUUUUCGACUCGAUGAAACAGGUGACGUGACAUGGAAUGUGUCGGAGGAAUUGAAGGCAGUCCCCUUGUUCAGUUGUGAAACGUACGAAAUUUACAGUACCUCUGUUUUGGGAACUGUAAUUCGAUUUGGUGCUUAUGCCGGACAUGUCAUCGAGUUUAAGUGUGAAGAAUUUGAGGCACGUGAUAGUGUGGUAUUAACAUGCGAGGGUUGGUGUAUGUUGCAUUGCAAACGUAUCCAGGAAGAACCAAGCGAAUGUGCUCUGAACACUACCUUUUCGCUCCUACCGGCUCUCGAGGAUGGAUACUUUGGUGAUAUUAAAAUUGUUGCUAGUAAUAAUAAACAAUUUCAGGUACAUUCUUGCAUCGUGCAGUUGCUCGGUGGCGAAAUUUUGUGGCACUCGCAGCCGCCACCUUUAACAGGCCUUCCAGAGGAUGUAAUAGGGACGAUUUUGAAUUUUUUGUAUACGGAAUGCCUGCCCGAAAAUCUCACGGAGGCUACCGCCCGGCAGGUUAUAGCUUUCGGUGCACAAUAUCAAACCCAUACCAAGCUUGUAAAUAUGUGUCAAUUAUGGUUAAAGAAUAUGGCGUUAAAGCAGCAAAUAAUUGGGUUAGUUAACGAUAUGCACAGUUGUGCAAAUCAGAUCAUCGAUCACUUUAAUGUCCGCCACAAUUCACCGACGGAUACAAUUGCUUCAAAUCCAGCGAAACUGUGCUUCGUUGUUAAACAGUCUGUAAGGGACGCCGCUGUAGUUGGUGCGAAACUUCUACUUCUCUGCGACUUAUUCACGAAACGAAAAAAUGAAUUAUCCAGAGAAGAACGGCACGAGAUCAUUCGUUACGCAAAAUCGCGACUUCCGAUCUUUAUGACACAGCUCCAUAAAUUUUUGCACGCCGUAAAGAACACGUUUAGUUCGAUGACUGCCUUGCAAAGAAACGAAGUGGCGACUUAUCUCGUUCCCGAAAUAGAAGUGAUUUUGGAUACGGUUUCAACGCUAAUUGUGGAGGUGGAGAAGGCGUUGCAGCAAAUAAUUCAGGUCCUUUCGCCUCACGACGAGAUUCGAAGAAAAUCUGGGGUCGGUGACAUGCUGGGGAAGUCUCUGAGAAACGUCCUACAUAUACGCGAAUUGACGAAGCUUAGAAACGUUCACGAACAUAUCACGUGCAGCUUAGGUUUACUUUUACACAAAAAGGAAAACUUUUAUGAAAUGACUCCUGCUCAAAAAGUCCGUUCGGUUGCUCGCAACUUGGAGCAAUUGAUUGAAGAACUGCCUAUAUUUCUGUUGCGUCUUGAAGAGGUCACAGGUGCCUUAGAUGAAAAACUAGAAUGGCGAGAGUUCAAAUUUUGUUUUAAAGUAGGGACCAGCAAAGUGUCUGGUGUUCUCCAAAAGUUAGUUUCUCAUCAGCAUACGCUUCAAGAUGUGAUGAUUCAGCUGUGCGAAUUGGUACAACGCGACGCGUUUACGCAAUCACUGUAUAGUUUAGGAUUGUUAGACGCUAGUAAGGUGACGUCACAUGCUGAAUAUUGUCAGAAGAUUACGUCAAAUCCUUCUAGUUCGACUCCAAAACAAAAUCCCAUUGGUUACACGUUGAAUUUGGUUGAAUCUCUUUGCGUGCCCCCAUCUCCCAUGAAUAGUAAUCUAUCGAAACUAUGCCUUCAAUUACUUAAAAACGAAACCGGAACUGAUAUGGAAUUCGAAAUCGUCGUCAGUAACAGUGCCUCGGAUCAGACGGUGCGGGAACACACCCAAGAAACGAGUAGCCCGACCGACUUUGAAACGAGCACAAUUCGGGCACACCGCGUUAUCGUCGCGGCUAGAUGUGAUUGGUUUCGUAGAGCGCUUCUGUCGGGAAUGCGCGAGGCGAUCGAUCGCAAAAUUAUUGUCCACGAUACGAACCCGACCGUGUUUAGGGUAUUCUUGGAGUAUCUCUAUGGCGGUCGGCUACGUCAGAGCGCGCUAACAUCGGAUCAAUUGGCCGAGCUGUUACUGUUGAGCGAUCGGUAUGAGGUCGAUUCUCUGAAGCAGGUUUGCGAGUACGGCUUACAAGCCAGCAUCGACGAGGACUCCGUCUUGUAUUUUCUAAGCAUGGCCGAUCAGUACAACGCGAAGAUUUUGCGGAGCGCUUGCUUCAAUUUCAUCUCGUAUCACAAUGAGAUAACCGAAAGUGAGCUGUUCUUCGAACUACCUGUUGCCUUACAAGCUGAGAUCUUCGACUGCAUUUGGACCCAGCCACCGGGCCGAAAGUCCAAUUCGGAUUUAUUAAGGACUGGAACGCCUACUAGUCCCGACUCCAGUAAUUCGGAAAUGCAAAAAGGGAACCUGAAGCCUCAGGAUCAUUCGAAUAGUAGUUCCCUUGAAGACCUACCUUUGAGCCAUGAUACAGCUCGUCUAGAAACUUCCUUGGCACAAUUACGGGAUAUUGUGGGCGAUACGGCGCCUCGGGAAAAGUUAAUUCAGGUACUUUUAGCUGCAGAUUAUGAUUUGUGUCGUGCUGUGAAUUAUUUUUACUCUAAAACAGAAGACCCCUAGCUCUUAAAUGACAUUUAGAUCUUAGAUUUUUUGGAAUGCUGUUUCGGUUUGAAUUUCACCCUAAGUGCUAAAGUAUUUUCAUUCAGUAUUAUUUUAGGGUCAACUAUUACGUUUAGUGAUUCUGUUCAUAUAGCGAUUGGUGAUAAAAUUUUAAGAUUAUCUUAUUUUUUUAGCAUAGGUCACUUGAAAAAAACUACCAUUAUUUUAUAGUAAUAAAUAAGAACAUAAUCGACUAGUCACUCUAAUGUGGUUUAUAAUUAUUAUAUAAGUAGUUGUUAUUUCAAACAAAUCAAACUUUUUAAGAAUUUGCGAUUGGGUUUUGGUAAUCCAUAUUUACAUGUGAAUCUUUUUAUAAUAUUCCUUUAUUGAA